CUAAAUCCUUGUCCCCGCCGAUCUGUGCAUUCAAACAAUUCUGACCCCAGAAUUCUGAAUCCCUCAAAUCGACGGUCUCCUUGGUCGUCUCCUGAGCCCGAGCUUGCAUGAGGCCCAGCCUUCCAGUAAUAAUUUGACCUUCUUCUCAUUCAUCGCCUUUGACUCGGUGCUGGGGGUUUAUCAGGUCCGCAAAGAUGGAUGUGGCAGGCCUACGGGACCGCAUUCAGGCGACUCUCGAUGCCAACGGGGAUAUUCGACGACAGGCAGAAUUAGACUUGAAAUAUGCUGAGAGCCAACCUGGGUUUCCGAAUGCGCUGUGCGAUAUCCUUCAAGCCGAGCAGGACCAGGCUGUUCGACUAUCCACCGUCGUCUACCUGAAGAACAGAGUGAUUCGAGGAUGGUCUCCCGAAGAAGAUCAUUCCCUCCACAAGCCGAUCCCAGAGGAGGAGCGAGGGUCCCUGCGAAAUAGAUUACUCCCCAUGCUCGCGUCCUCCCCGCCCCCCAUUAGGUCGCAGUUGGUUCCUAUGCUUUCGAAGAUCUUGCAACACGAUUUCCCAGAGAAAUGGCCCAACUUUAUGGAUAUCACGUUGCAGUUGCUCAAUGGCAGCGAUGUCAACUCGGUCUUCGCAGGUCUUCAGUGUCUAUUGGCCAUCUGUCGAGUGUACAGCUACAAGGUAACCGAGGAUGAUAAGAAGGCCGAAUUCGAUGAGAUCGUGGAUCAUUCCUUCCCUCAGCUAUUGAAUAUCGGUUCUCGACUCGUCAAUGAAGAAAGUGAAGAAGCCGGAGAAAUGCUUAGAACUGUGAUGAAGGCCUACAAGCAUGCUAUCUAUAUGGAGCUGCCUUCGCAUUUAAUGUCGGACCAAGCCACCGUUGACUGGUGCACUUUAUUUUUAAGGAUAAUUGACAAAACGCCCCCUCCAUGCUCGAUGACCGGAGAACCCGCUGACCGAGAACUUACCCAUUGGUGGAAAUCCAAGAAGUGGGCAUAUGCGAACCUCAACCGUCUUUUUGUCCGAUAUGGAAAUCCAUCGGCACUUGGAAAGUCUAGCAAACCGGAUUAUGCGCAGUACGCCAAGAUGUUCAUGACCGCUUUCGCGCCUGAGAUCUUGAAGGGUUAUCUCCAGCAAGUGGACAAAUGGGUGUCAGGAGGGUUGUGGUUGAGCAAGCCAGCCUUGUAUUACACUCUAGUCUUCCUCGAAGAGUGCGUCAAACCGAAGGCUGUGUGGGACCAUUUGAAACCGCAUAUCGAGAACCUGGUUGCGCAUCUUAUCUUCCCGCUUCUCUGCCAGACGGACGAGGAUAUUGAGUUGUUCGAUUCCGACCCAGCGGAGUACCUUCAUCGUAAACUGAAUUUAUUCGAAGAAGUGUCUGCUCCAGAUGCAGCUGCGACAAACUUCCUUAUCGCCCUUACAAAGACACGGAAGAAGCAGACCUUUUCGAUUCUUACCUUCGUCAAUAGCGUUGUGAGCAAAUACGAAUCUGCGCCGGAUGAUCAAAAGCUGCCUCGCGAGAAGGAAGGUGCUUUACGCAUGAUUGGUUCUCUAGCCUCUGUCAUCCUGGGCAAAAAGAGUCCCAUCGCCGACCAGGUCGAAUACUUCUUUGUUCGCCAUGUCUUCCCAGAGUUCCGCAGCCCUCAUGGGUACCUUAGAGCUCGUGCCUGCGACACUCUAGAGAAGUUUGAACAACUCGAUUUCCAGGAUCCAAACAAUCUUAUGACUAUUUACAGAAGCAUUUUGGAUGCUUUGGCAGACAGUGCUCUGCCAGUUAGAGUUGAAGCAGCACUUGCAUUGCAACCCUUAAUCCGUCACAAUGUCAUCCGCACUUCUAUGCAAACGAAUAUUCCGCAAAUCAUGCAGCAACUUCUUAAACUGGCUAAUGAAGUCGAUGUUGAUGCUUUGGCAAACGUUAUGGAAGACUUCGUUGAGGUUUUCUCAACCGAGUUGACGCCCUUCGCCGUUGCUUUGUGUGAACAGCUACGGGACACCUACAUGCGCAUCAUUCGGGAUCUCCUCGAUCGAAAGAAUUCUAAAGGCGAAGACGAAAUGUAUGGGGACUUCUUGGAUGACAAGAGUAUUACGGCAUUGGGUGUUUUGCAGACCAUUGGCACCCUGAUCCUGACCCUCGAAAGCACCCCGGAUGUGCUCUUGCAUCUGGAAACCAUCUUGAUGCCAAUCAUUUCCAUUACUCUCGAGAACAAACUCUAUGACUUGUAUAAUGAAGUGUUUGAGAUCAUCGAUUCCUGCACUUAUGCGGCGAAGUCUAUCUCCCCAACUAUGUGGCAAGCUUUUGUCUUGGUUCACAAGACAUUUAAAACAGGAGCAGAGCUUUAUCUUGAAGAUAUGCUUCCGGCCCUGGACAAUUACGUGACUUACGGAUCUGCCAUGUUAAUACAAAACCCUGAAUACCUUGCCGCCAUUGUAAGCAUGGUGGAAGACAUAUUCCGCGAUGACAAGACAGGCGGCGUAGACAGGAUCUGUGCAUGCAAGCUCGGUGAAGCGAUCAUGCUCAAUUUGCGCGGCCAUGUGAAUCAAUAUAUCCCAGUGUUCAUCAGCUUAGCGAUGCCAAUCCUAGCCAACGAUGGAGCUAUGACCAAAUCUUACCGUAUUCACCUCAUGGAGAUGGUUAUCAAUGCCAUCUACUACAAUCCUCUCCUGGCACUCCAGGUGCUGGAGAGCAACGGAUGGACCAAUAAGUUCUUCAGCAGUUGGUUUUCCAACAUCGACAGCUUUAAGAGGGUGCAUGACAAGAAACUAUCUAUCGUUGCCAUCAGUGCUCUGUUGACGAUGCGAGCCGAAGACGUUCCUGCGAGCGUGCAGCCAGGCUGGCCCCGGCUUCUUCAAGGGAUUAGCAGGCUGUUCCAGACGUUGCCUGCCGCCGUCAAAUUGCGAGAGCAAGCCACAAAGGAAUCUGACUUGCAGUUCGAUGACACUGGCGAUGACGAUGAUUUCGACAACGACUGGAGUGGAGAGGUGGAGUGGACAGACCAGGACGAGACAGACGGCGCUGACGGCGACUUUGGAGACGAAGGCUCAGCCUAUAUUGAGUUCUUGAACCGAGAGCUUUCAACUAUUCCGGAUGACGACGAAGACGAGCUGGACGAAGAGAGUUUACUAGAAUCCCCUCUCGACAAAGUGGAACCAUACAGCGUGUUUAAAACUUCCCUUCUGAAUCUUCAACAGAGCCAACCUCACCUCUACGAGAAUCUCACCAAGAUUCUCAAUGCCGAGGAGCAGCAGGUGAUUCAAGGGGUAGUCGAUGAAGCAGACGCGCACGCACUGGCAGCUGAAAAUGCAAAUGCUGAGCUUGCAAAAUUAAACGGAGGGUCUUGACGAAUCAAAAAAGUAAUAAUCUACAGUGAUAGAAUGGCCGAGCGAGUAUGAUGGGAUAUCUUGCAAAGACAAUGUUCUCGUUUUGAGUUUGACACCCCAUGUUUGUUACUCUUGUUACCCCCCAAGGCGUGAGUUCUGUCAAAGUAUUUGCGUUCUGUUUUAUGUCACCCAUUGGCUCCUCAUGCAGUUCAAAGUUACACCAAAAAUGAAACGGGUUAUGACCGCAAGAAGGGUCUAAACUCCUUUCCCGAUCAUAAUAUGGACAAUUUUCCUGUGCAAA